CACCUGAGUUCUCUCAGUCACAAUAACGACAACGACUGUAGUCUCUCUCUCUCUCUCGCAUCGUAAAUUCUCCAUAACCAGUCUCGCUCUCUGUUACAGAUUCUCGUUUCUUUUCCUUCUUUCGGGAAUCUAAAUCAAAGGUUGAAAGAUGUUCCUCAAAGUCGAGUUACCAUGGAAUGUGAUGAUCCCUGCUGAAAACAUGGAUGCAAAAGGGCUGAUGCUGAAGAGAGCUAUACUGGUACAGUUACUAGAGGCAUUUGCUUUGAAGAAAGCAACCGUGGAGCUUGGCUACUACUUGACGGUCACAACUCUGGACAAGAUCGGAGAAGGCAAAAUCAGGGAGCAGACCGGUGAGAUAAUGUUCCCGGUGGUUUUCAGCGGAGUGACUUUCAAGAUCUUCAAAGGAGAGAUACUUCAAGGUGUUGUGCACAAGGUUCUGAAGCACGGUGUCUUCUUGAGGUGUGGUCCGGUGGAAAACGUUUACCUCUCUUCCGCGAAGAUGCUUGAUUACAAGUUUGUUCCCGGAGAGAACCCGAUCUUCAUGAAUGAGAAGAUGUCUAGGAUUCAGGUUGAGACUACGGUUAGGUUUGUGGUGUUGGCGACGAAGUGGAUGGAGGUAGAUAAGGAGUUUCAGGCGUUGGCUAGCCUUCAAGGGGACUAUCUUGGACCAAUCUCUGAAGAGUGAUCUGCUUGUUUUCUUCAAUUGAUUAUCUCGUUAUUAUUAGCCUACUAUAAACUCAGUCUUUUAGUUCAUGUUUGGUAAGUAAUUAAU